UUUCGGGCAGUGGGUCGCAGGUCUUGUUGUUUUGGUCUCCGGUUUUCCCGAAUUGGUCCGCUGCUGGUGUCCUUCCGCCGAGUCUCGGUACACGGUAGGUUUUCGAUUGGUGCAGGUUUUCGCGAUACUUCCCCGCAAACAUGGUCACUGUGGAUAACACCAAGCGGAUUGCGGCGUUCCUGGGAGUGCCGCUCGGCAAGGUUGGCUACAACUCGGAAAAGAUUCUCACCCGUACCAAGUCGGCCAAGGAACCGAGCAUUUCUGGAUUCUCCUCGAUCAUCCAAUCGCUUGUGAGAGAAACGAAGAAACCGGUGGUGGGGCCCGUCCCGCGGGACUUUGAGGUCGAAUGCCAAAUACUGCAGUGGCUGGAUUAUGCCGUUCUCUUCGUCGCCCCUUCCAGCAAGGAUAAACACGUCGCCAAGACUUUGCUGGAGGAACUCAAUCAUUACUUGCAAAGCCGAUCGUACCUAGUCAACGAUACACUCAGCAUAGCCGAUGUUGUAGUAUUCCAUACUAUCUUCGAAACAAUGUCUAAUCUUCAACCACUAGAGAAGGAAAAUUACUUGAACGUAUCUCGCUGGUACCAUCAUCUGCAGCAGCUGGACGAAGUUCGCCAAGGAAAGGUGCUGCUGAACUUUUCCACCUUACAGCUGUUGGAAUGGGCCACUGGAACGCAUACCUAAGGUAUCACAUUGAACACUGAAACUGCCCAAGCGCCGCUCUGCCCUCUAUGCUUGUCCUUUCCUCAUGGAUUGCAUCUUAUCAUUUGAUAGUUUGGAGCGAUACGUUCCAUAUUUUCAAAAAUAAAUGAUGAAUAAAUUAUUUGAAACAUAA